AAACCGAAUGAACAAGUAGUGCUUCCGUCUCUCAUUCACCCACUGCGACGCAUUCCCCAAAGAAGAAAAAUAAAGAAAUUGAAAAUGCUGUGUGCAGCGAAAUUACAUCUAUCAUUUGAUUCUGCAAUCAAGCCGAACACCAAGUAUCGCUUUUCCGGCGCCGUUCCUUGGCGGCUGUUUGAUCUUUGGCUGCCGGCUCGACGCUUGGCGUCCUUGAGCGUCAGGUCUGAGUCCCCUCCAGUUGCAUCUGACCCGUCGGUUUCGUCAUCUGAAUGUUACACGUCGGCCGUCGGAUUUUCUCCUUCUUCUCCUUCCCUUCACCUUUCACAGUGGAACCUCACACAACUCCACAUCCUUGCCCUCAACGUCAUUGCUUGCGCGGCAGCGGUUUCUGCAACCUGGCUCUUUCUAUCUGCAAUCCCUGCACUUCUGGCUUUCAAGAGUGCAGCAGAGUCGCUUGAGAAACUGAUGGAUGCCACUAGGGAGGAGCUUCCUGAUACAAUGGCUGCUAUUCGAUUAUCUGGCAUGGAAAUUAGUGACCUGACCAUGGAGCUCAGUGAUUUAGGCCAAGGCAUAACACAGGGUGUCAGAAGCUCCACUCAAGCUGUUCGUGUAGCUGAGGAGAGGCUGCGUCAACUGACAAACAUGGCUCCACCAGCUUUGGUGCAGGUACUACCGGAUCCAAAAAUUGACACACAAGGACCAGCAUUGGCUAGGACCGCAAGGGGCAUGAGGGAAGGGAUCGUGAAGGGUCGUGCAUUCUUCCAGAUCUUUUUUACACUGACUCGAUUUUCCAGAAUGGCCUUUAACUAUUUCACCAAGCAAAGAGCGAACGUUAGUAAAAAAUAUGUUAAAAAUCUUCAUGGUGAGCAACAUCGAAUUUGAGCUUUGUAUAUAACUCCUUUUCUAUCUAAAUUUUGUCUUCAGUUUUCUUUUAAGGAAUUUUAUGUUGUAGAGAGAUUCAGUUUUUUUGAAAUUCCAUAGAUUUAUUUUGAGUUCGUGGCGCGUUAAUGAAUGAAAUUUCACUCUUUCAGCAUCA